AUGCCCCCGGCCUCCCGAGGAAGAACAGCACCCCCCAGGCCAUCGGGGGCGGGAGGCUUCCUGCCGCGUUUCGUGGCAGGGGCGGGUAGGCUUAACCGCCGGGGGGAGCCAGGCCGUGCAGGGAGCGGGGGUUGGGGAAGGCUGGCUCUGGCGGGUCUUGUUCUUGUCCUAGUUGUUGCGUUUGCCACGAGACCCUUGGGCCGACAACCAGAUGCAGGAAGCAUCGGCUUUACGAAACCUAAGCUGGACCACCCCACGAUGCCCGUCCGUGAUGGAGGUAGCCGGUUUUCUCAGCAUGGGCUGCUGGGUAACAGAAACAACAUUGAGACCGAGACGGCGUCAGGGGGGGGCAGCGCGGAUGGGGGUGACGCCCUGUCCGGGGAGGGGGGAAGCGCGGAUGGGAGCAAAGAGGGGAGUGACAACGACGGAGCGGAUGAUGCUUGGGGCUCGGAUGGUGCUGGAUUGGGCCCUGGCGCUCCAGGGUUUCCGUUGGGCGAAGACGACAUCCACGUGGUCUUCUCGAGCGACUGCACCAACUACCAGGCAUGGCAAGCCGUCGUUCUCUUCCAUUCGGCUAUCCUCAGUGGCCACACAGGCCCAAUCACGCAGCUGAUAAGCGGAUGUAGCGACGAGGAGCAGGCGGAGGCGGAGUCGAGGCAUGAAGUCGUCAGGCACAGCCCGAAGCACAAGCUUUUCUUCACACCCGGCUUCGUCACCAAGAACCCCGAGACCGGGGAACCCUACCCGUACAUGAACAAGCCGAAUGCCAUGCAAAUAUGGUUGGACCAGACAGAGGUCGAGGAAACUAUCGUAGCCCUGAUUGACCCGGACUUCAUCUUCCUCAAGCCCCUGACGACUUGGUUGAGCCCGACGGAAACUGUCGUGAAGGGCGACGGGCUGAGCUUGGAAGGGCUCAAGCUCGAGAACGGGGGCUGGGUUCGCAAGGGCUACCCAGCAGGGCAGCGUUUCGGGCUCCCGAACUGGACCCAUUGGGACCUGAGCAACAUAUGCCCCGACGACGCCCUCUGCGCCACCACCUCCACCACAGCGGCGAAAAGGUACUACGACUUGAUCCCGCCCUACCUAGCCCACCAGGAUGAUUGGCGAAGGCUGCUACCGGAAUGGGUCGCCCAGGCGCCAAAGGUGUACGAGAUGUAUCCCUCUCUGCUAGCGGAGCAAACAGCGUACGCUACCGCGGCAGCGACCCUUGACAUGAAGCACUACCGCAUCAACAACUACGCCAUUGAGAACGAAAAGGUGGACUACGAGCUGUGGGACCCCGUUGAUCAUCAGAUGGACAAUGUCUGCGACAUCGGCAUCGAACCCCGGGAUAUCAAGAGCAGAAACGUGCGGUCUUUUGAUCGAUUGCCCAACUUCAUCCACUACUGCCACAUGUACCGCGUCGGCCAGUGGCUCUUCAACAAGCGGCGGUAUCGAAAGGAGAGCGACUACGACCAGCUGCAGUGCGACACGCCGAUGCUCGAGACUCCGCCCAUGAACAUACAAGAGAGCACCUAUAAGAUGCACCCGGGGGCGCGGUACGAGAGCAUCACCCCAAGGUCCGCCAAGCGAAACGCCUUCGUGCUCUGCAUGGCUACCCGCUUCGUCAACAGUGCUCUCAGACACUUCAAGGGGCGCAUGUGUGCCGAAGGGUUUCCGAACCUGGACUACACGGUCCGCAUCGCAUGACCGGCCCUUUGGGGUCCUGCCUGUGGCGCGAUGCGCCUGACUCAAUUCGCGUUGCGCGUUGGGGUUGGGGUUCAGUGGGAUCCCGCCCGUCGAACAACGCCGGUCGCCCGGAAAGAUGCCCUGGACAUCGUCUGGCACAGAUAGAAUAUUCAAGUUGUUUCAUUCUCUGAAUAUUGCCGGUUGCCCGGUGAAAUCGGCUGGAUCGUACCGGCGUUACACCGGACCAUGUACUGUAAUGUGAUUUCAUGUGCGGAAGGAGCGUGGAGUGUAUCAUCACGUGUUGGCGAAAGAGAGAGGCUCUCGUUCUACUUAUCCGAUGUUACGCGUGAUGUGUAGUUGUUGUAUUUCGUGUUGUUUCGAGAUGUUGCAGCUCCUGCGUAUUUAAAUGAAAUGUUCGUCUUUUUUUUUUUCGGUGUAGACUCUACUUCGCGGUGCGGUGAUGUGUUUCAUGCCUCGAUUUCAGCAGCUUUCUUUGUAUGAGCUGUCGCCCCUAACGCUUGGACGCAAGGUCGUUGCACCGUGUGUCCGCGGCGUCGUGCGAGAAGAAACAUUUCACCUCCCUCACUGGGGACAUGACGCUAUCUCUGCCUUUUUAGGUCUUGCUGGUCGUGAACGGAAGUGUAUGGCAGGGGGACGCUUGGAGGAAACUCAAGGUGGUUGCGCCGCUGUGUUACUUGAAAGCUGAAUUCACACGAGAAAUGACCUCUGUAGGUGGGUUUCUUUGCUUGUCUUGCUUGUAACGCGGGCUUUGUGUGCUCCCCAGGGGCUUGCAGACACCAAACCGAGAUGUCGUGACUGGAUGACUCCAAUCCCACCUUGGUAGCUUAGGGACAUCAUCUGUCCAUGCUUGAGUACUGCUUUUGAGCAAAACAACCGGAUCGUCGACAUCGACCAGCCCGGGUUGAACCUGUUCAUGCCCAGAAAGUUUUAGCUGGUUUCGUAGGUGCGAGGAACUUGUUGUGCUCAAGGGGGGUAAAAAGGAGAGAGCCACGUUAGAUGAGACUACGAAUCGAUGUACACAUCAUUGUAUUAUGGAUAACAUGAUACAGACGU